AUGAACUGAAGAACAAAAAAAAACCAAAAAAAGAAAUAUUUCCAGAUCUCUCUCCUCUUUCUCGAAACUUUCUCUCUCUAGAGCGGAGGAGUGAUCCCGGCGGCAUCCUGCAAAAACCUCCAGAAACGCGCAAAUCGCACGCUCCCCAAGGCAAACCUCACUUCCCCAUUUCGUCAAACACCUUCUGUCUCUCUCCAGAUCCAAAACCCUCGCCGCCGCCGCCGCCGCCGCCGCCGCCGCCGAUCUCCGACCUCCGAUCUCCGAUCUCCUCCGCAUGGUCCCGGCUCUUCCCCUUUAGAUGGGCAAGCUCUCCGUCGCCAUCUACAUUGCCGUCGCCGUCCUCGUCCUCCUCCUCGUCUCCCGCUCCCCGCGGUCCCCCGCCGGCCAUGGCCGCGGCGGCCACCACCGCCGCCUGAAGCUCCGGUCCAACUUCACCUUCAAGCCCCCCGCCGCCGCCGCCCGCCACCACCACGAGCCGGUCCCGUUCGAUCCGCUCGUGGCGGAGCUCGAGCGGCACAGGGAGGACAAGCAGUGGGAGAGGGAGUACUUCGAGCACGCCCACCCGGAGGUGGUGCGCGCCGCGGAGCCGGCCCCCGGGGAGGAAGCGCAGCCGGAGUGGGGGGAUUUCGUGGACGCCGAGGAUUACUUGAACGACGAGGAGAGGUUCAAUGUCACCAAUAGGCUGGUUUCACUAUUUCCAAAGAUUGAUGUGGAUCCACCAGAUGGGUUCGUGACUGAGCAUGAAUUGACAGAGUGGAACUUGCAGCAGGCCGUGAGUGAGGUCAUGCAUAGGACUCAGAGAGAGAUGGAGCUUCACGACAAGAACCGAGAUGGUUAUAUCUCAUUUGCAGAAUAUGAGCCACCUAGCUGGGUCCACAGUUCAGAUAACGAUUCCUUUGCUUUUAAUAUGGGCUGGUGGAAAGAGGAGCAUUUUAACGCAUCAGAUGCAGAUGGAGAUGGCCUACUCAAUAUUACGGAGUUCAAUGACUUUCUCCACCCAGCUGACAGCAAAAAUCCAAAGCUUCUCCAGUGGUUAAGCAAGGAGGAAGUAAGGGAAAGAGAUUCUGAUAAAGAUGGGAAGGUCAACUUUAAAGAGUUCUUUCAUGGGCUUUUUGACUUGGUAAGAAACUAUGAUGAAGAAAGCCAUAACUCAUCACAUAAUUCCGAUGAUUCAAUGGAGGCUCCUGCCAGAGUACUGUUUAAUCAGCUAGACAAAGAUGGUGAUGGAUACUUGUCAGAUGUAGAACUGCUACCUGUCAUUGGAAAGCUUCACCCUUCGGAGCGUUAUUAUGCCAAACAACAAGCAGAUUACAUCUUGUCACAGGCAGAUAAUGACAAGGAUGGGCAUCUAACAUUGACGGAGAUGAUUGACAACCCUUAUGUAUUUUACAGUGCCGUUUUCAAUGAUGAUGAAGAUGAGUAUGAUUACCAUGACGAGUUCCGCUGAUCUCAUGACUUUAAUUGUCAGUCCAGGACGUCUACAAAUGCAAGAAUUCAUUUUACUCAAUAUGCCAAACAGUUCAGCGACGUUAAUGACAGGUGUCAUGCCAACUUGAUUCUUGGGGGAUUGGUUCUUACCACAGAAAAAGUCUCUUGCAAAGUGUAUUGUUGUGACGAUAUAAAGUUUCUAGUUAACAUUUUGGUAGUGUUUUGAUAAUUGACUUAUUUCCUUUUCCUUUUUUGUAAUACAAUUUGUUUGUCACGAAGUUGUAGCAUCUUUCUUGAACCUGGAAGGAGCGACGGAGUAGAUUGACUCUGGUAGAGUCCCAAAUUGCAAAUUCCUUAGCUUAGAACACAUUUGUAACAUUCCAAGCAUAUAGAUUCGUCCCAUUCCUUCAAUAAUUGAAUGUAAAAAACUAUAUGUGCUCAUGGAGAUCCAUUAGUUUCGUGUAUUAGAUUUU